AUGACAAAAAGACAAGCGACUGAACAAAUCACGCGAGAAGCAUUUCACGAAGAAGUGUCUGAUGACGAUGAACAGCGCCCAGUGCAAGCAAGUUCGCUGGUCUUGGCCACGAGAAAGAUACUCAAACCAAGAAGGAAACUAGGGGACGGUAAUGGCAGUACUACAAAAUCCACGUUUCUGAUACCACUGACCUCCUCCUUCCAAUUCAAUCCAUCUACUAAAAGUGCACCAACUGCUACUCCUCUAAAGGCUAAUGACGAUGCAAACAAGAUUAGAGCAUUGAAUCUAAACUUUGUAAACAAGAUAAACGAAUUCAAUAAGGAGAAUGCUAUCGCUGAUCUUACCCCAAUUGCUGAAAAGUAUAUCAAUUACUACAAGGAAAUAAAGAGCGGAAGCGCACAGGGUGGACCAACAUCGUCAGCUCCAGCCACAGCUCCAGCAUCGAAGAACCAGGAUAAGAUUCAGGAAGACCAGUCAAGUAGCGAUAGUGAAGCCGACGAAAAAGAUCAGACGAAGGAAGUUAAAGUUGAGGGCCCAAAAUUCACCCUUACCCAAAAACCAUCCUCAUCCUCAUCCUCGUCUCCAUUCACUUUUGACCCCAAAAAGAUUGCCAAAUUGAAUGCCAAGGACUCUGACGACUCUGACGAUGAUGUCCCCAUCAAAGGACCAACAUUCAACUUCAAUAAGCCUAUUCAAGAUAGCGUAUUCAAGCUUAAGGGUGCAACAGAUUCAGGAAACAAUGCGUCCUCAGAAACAAACAAGCCCGCACUGCUGUUCACAUUCGGUCAACAAUCAACGCCUUCCACCACUGGAUCAGCGCCUACCUCAGGCUUCAACUUUGGAGCAAAACCAGUAGAAAAUUCUACAAAUGUACAAAGCACCUCCUCAACAAACACAAGCGGACCAUUCAACUUUGCAUCUAGUCAAGCAGCAUCUGGAACCACCCCCUUACAAAAACCAUCAUCCGCGUUCAGCUUUGGUGCAAACACAAAUCAAAACUCAACGUCUGCCACCACUGGUUCAGUCUUUUCCGGAUUUGGAGGAGACACUAACUCCUCCCCCAAACCAAGUUUCAACUUCGGAGCAAAGCAAGAAAAUCCACUGGUUGGAUCUGAAAAUGCAACCAAUGCCGUGUCUGGAGGAACAACAUCUGGAAUAAACAAGCAGAUCGAGCUGAACACAUCCAAAUCCCCAUUUCAAUUUGGGGCAAGUACAACCUCUGAGUCCAAAGGGUUUGGCACACCAUUCUCAAGCAACUUGUUUAACCAAAAUAAAAAAUCUACAGACGGCUCAGACUCUGGAAACAAACCGGUAUUUGCAUUUGGUCAAAAGACCGGCGCCUCUGCUACGACUCCAACAAAUAACCUUUUUGGAGGCACAAAACCAGAUACAGCUCCAGCCAGCAAUCCAUUUGGUGGAUUAGGUACUACUGGCUUUCAGUGGGGCCAGAAAAAAGAUACCGGCAAAGAGGAUGAGAAAGUCGAAGCUGACAAAGUAGAGGAGCAUGAAGUGGAGGGCAAUUUUACUCCAGUUGCACAGAUGAACGAAAAGAAGGAAGUACAUUCGGGAGAGGAAAACGAGGAAACCAAGUUCACGAUUAGGGCCAAGUUGAUGGAAUUCGAUUCUUCAAACACUUCCAAUCCAUACAUAAAUAAAGGACUAGGUGAACUAAAGGUUUUACGAAAUACAGAUACAUCAAAGUCGAGGAUAGUAAUCAGAGCAGACGGCAGUCUUCGUGUUUUAUUAAACACCUUGUUAUCCAAGGAUGUCUCAUACAGCUCUAUGGGGAAUGGGUCCUUAGUUCGGAUCCCCGUUUUCAGCAGCGACAACAAAAUUGAAACAUUUGUGGUCAAAGUCAAGACUGCCGAUGACGGUAAAGAGCUCUUGAAAACUAUCGAGGAAUUAAAAUCUUAA